AUGCAGCCAUGGUCUGGCGGUAGUCGUUCCCUUUGCGCUUUGCGACCUCUGACUCGUAUCGCCGUACGACCGUUUACGACAACCUCCAUCCUCCAGCGAUCGAAGAAAAACAAACCCCUCCCUUCCACCGACAAGAAAAAAUCAAAGACACUUUUAGGAGGUUCUGCUACAAAGGCCGUUCGACAAGAUAUUGCAGCCGCACGAGACUUUAACGAAGUGGUGGACGCAACCCUGCGCGAUGUGUUCCACAAGCUGAAUAAAACAGGCGAAUCGCUAGAAGGAUGGACAAAAUUCGAACGUCAAGUCAAAAACGCUUGCAAGGUGGACGAUAAUAAGGCAUCUGCGCAAUGGGGACCGCUUCGGCAUAUCAAGGUAGCGCUGCAAAAGGCCUACCUCACCUCCGGACUUCAGGGCCUGCGGGAGGAGGUGGAAUAUAUGAGAUACUCGGAUAGCAUCACUGCGAGGUUUUCGGAGCCAGUCCUGGAAGCGCAGCGACAAGUGGCCGACCUUCGAUGGCCAGCCGAGUGGUAUCCACGCGCACGAUCAAUGCGGCGAACAAUCCACCUCCAUGUCGGGCCGACGAAUUCUGGAAAGACCUACCAUGCCCUGCAACGACUGGCAAAAAGUAAGAACGGGUUCUACGCAGGUCCACUGAGAUUGCUUGCACAAGAAGUCUAUCAUCGAUUCAAGGCAGAUGGGGUUCCAUGCAGUCUUGUCACUGGUGAUGAUGUCAAGUUUCCCGAAAAUGAUGAAGUUCCACGUAUUGUGAGCAACACUGUCGAGAUGGUCUCUCUAGGACAGGAAUAUGAUGUGGGUGUAAUUGAUGAGAUCCAAAUGAUUGCCAAUUCCUCACGAGGGUGGGCAUGGACUCGAGCUUUCCUUGGUGCCCAGGCGGCCGAACUGCACCUGUGCGGUGAAACCCGUUCAGUGCCGUUGAUCCGGGAGCUAUGCGCACUCACGGGUGAUAAUUUGGAGAUCCACCGCUACGAACGUUUGAAUGGCUUGGAAGUGAUGAAACACAGCUUAAAAGGCAAUCUAAAUAACCUCGAAAAGGGCGAUUGUGUAGUCGUCUUCUCCCGCAAAGGUAUACACGCUCUGAAAGCAGAUAUUGAGAAGACCACCGGAAGACGUGCAGCCAUCGUUUAUGGUGGCUUACCUGCAGAGAUUCGGACACAACAGGCAAAUCUAUUCAAUGACCCAGACAAUGACUACGACUUUCUCGUGGCAAGUGACGCCAUUGGCAUGGGGCUUAAUUUGAGCUGCAAACGUGUCAUCUUUGACACCCUCGUCAAGCGUGUCCCGACUGGACUUCAACGGCUGACCGUACCCGAGAUCAAACAGAUUGGUGGACGUGCUGGCCGAUAUCGCCCUGCCAAUGCUACAGAAAGCACAAAUGAGGAGCCUAACGUAGGGUUGAUAACCUGUCUCGAAGAGGUCGAUCUUCCGUAUAUCCAGCAGGCCAUGAAGUUGGAGCCUCCACCAUUGAGUGCGGCGGGCAUCUUUCCCCCAGAAUCCGUUUUCCGGAAAUUUGCCGCCUAUUUCCCACCAGGUAUACCUUUCGAAUAUUUGAUCAAGCGUGCCUUGGAUAUUGCCCAGGUCAAUCCGUUAUUCUUCUUGUGUGAUCCUACCAGUCAAUUGGAAAAUGCCGAAAUCAUCGACACUGUCAAAGGACUACCAUUCGAGGACCAGUUGAAGUUCAUGGUCUCUCCAAUGGACCGCAAAAGUGCAAGCUCGCGUGAUGUCACCGGUGCUCUAGCAGACUGCGUGGCCGACCACAACGAUGGUCGACUCUUGGACAUCAACUAUCUCAAUCUGGAAGUCCUUGAGCAGCCCGUCUCAGGGAGCAAUGACUAUAUGCAUGAUUUGGAAAGUCUUCACCGGGCAGUUAUCCUGUAUCUGUGGCUUAGCUUCCGAUUCGGUGGUGUUUUCACUGACCGAACUCUCGCGAGUCAUGUGAAAGAACUUGUUGAAGAGCGGAUGGUUCGAGCACUGACUGAAUUUUCCGCCAAUAAAAGGCUGCGACAGGGUGCUUCGCUGAAGCGCCAGAUUGCUCUACAGAAACAAUUGCUGGAGCAGCAACGUAUGGGUGUUGAUGGAGACUGGAUGAAACCUCAUGGAGAAGGAAAUAUGGAAGUCAAUCUGCUCGACGAAGCUAAUCCGGAAGUUGCAGAGGCUGCAGAAGCUGAGGAGACCGGAGAGGGCGAACCGUCCGACUCGGAUCUCUCAUUACUCGAGACUUCACCAGAGGCGGAGGGUGAGAAAGAGAGUUCAUCCCCGGAGGACAUAGAAUCGUCUGAACCAACCGAGUCAUACUAUGACACAGAAGUCCACAAAGAGUGA